AUGGAGUUGUUUCGUUCGCGUAAUUUAGAUUUGGAAAAGUAUGAUAGCGGUAUAUUGGAGCCUUGCUGGAAAUUUGGGGGUUUUAAAUCAAAAACCUCCAAUAUCCAUGGCGAUGAGAUCGUCGCAGUCGAUAUAGUGGCUUGUUGCAAACAAAUAAGUGAUUUGAUAGAUCAAGUUAUUAAAAGUCGAGAAGAAGAAGAAAACUUGCUAACAAGGAUCAGGAUCCCUGUAAGUUUUAAAGACAUUGUGCGUUUGGCGUAUGGAGCCGUGGGUAUUUAUAGGCGGCAGGUUAAUAUUCUCUUGGCUGAUGCCAAAUAUUUGCUGGAACAAGUAAAAGGCACCAAAUUGGUCUUUGAGUUUUUAUCUGAAAAAUCUGUUGUGGUUAGACAAUCACAUGCCUUAACCCAUCGCCAGCGGAAGAGAGUUAUAACCCAGAAAUCGACUGUUACAGUUUCAAAGCGUCCUCGAUUGUGUGAACAGGAUUUACUAGGUAAAUCUUCUCGAAGAUAUUAUGCCAAUUUGUUUUCGGAAUGUCUGGAUGUUCCUCAAAUCGAAAGUUCUCAGGAGAUAACACAGGAAUUACAAGUGGAAGAGACGAUUGAAACUCCUCGAAUGUGUUCUAUUUCCACAUCUUAUCAAGCCAUAACCAUCACUGAAGAAUUUGCAUUUGAAGAAGAUCAUACAUUUAUGUGUCCUUCGGAUGGUUUUGGUGAAACCAACCCGGAUUUGAGUAUUUUCGAAGAACUAUUCUCCAGAGACAGACCCUUGAAACGUCCAUCAAUAUGCCUUAAUUCCACUGAGAUUUUACCAAAUAAAAUCCCCAGAUUGGAAGAAAGUGUAGAAAAAACAAUAGAUUCCAGUUCUGACAAUGCUAUUAUAACCACAAAUAGUUCCAAUAGUGUUGAUACAGUCGAAGAAACUAAUGCUAUAGUCUGUGAACCUCUGAUUCCAGUAGAGACGUCACCCUUGUCCACUUGUUUUGAUUUCAAAAAGGACAAAAAACUUAAAAAAGGAAAGUUAAUUGUUGACAAAUGUAUACAAUAUUCCAAAGAAAGUUUGCUAAAGCAUCGCCAAAAAUACAUGAUUUAUUGUAAUGCGAGGAAAAUUAUAGUAACCGCCAAGCCAAUCCGCAGUGCAGAUGACCUUUUAUCAAAACUAAAUAAGAACUCCAUUUUUCCAGAUUUUCUUUCACAAAUACCCAUUUGUUUAGACGAAGACCAAAAGGAAGAUGACAGUGAGGCAACUCUAAGAAGCAUUUUUGCAGAGGAUUUCUCCACUGCUUUAGCCAAGGACAUUUUGGGGAUGGAUUUAAACCAUUUAGAUCCAAUAAUUCAAAGUGAUCCUGUUAAAGUGGAAGAAUUUAAUCUAAAUGAGCUGAAUAAUAAUCAUAAUUUGGAACAAGCUCCAUUGAAUCCAAGUUCGCCAACGCCAGAAGAGCAAAAUAACAAUAUUAGUGCCCUAGCAUCUCUUUCUUGCCGAGACAAUAAUAUAAGUGAACUUGAUGUAAUGAUGGACUUGUUGACCAUUUGGAGGAAAAAUCCGGACACAAAAGAAAUUGACGCCAUGGAUUAUAUAAAAUUAUUUCCUGAUCGUUUGACAGUUUCCAUGGUGUUUAGUCACUUAUUAAGCCUGGUUAAGAAAAAACUUUUAACGAUCUCGAAGAAACCAAAUUCGAUUCAAAUGGACAAAAUAUCGUUGGGCAAGGAAUCCAUAAAUCUAAUUGAAGACAUUGCUGUUGAUGCUGGGUUAUAAAGAUGCAAAGGAUCAAAAAGAGCCUUUGCUUGUUUCACAUCGCGUUGUUUAUCUAUUUAUGAUACACUACCUUUUGG